UCCCUCCAGAGAACACGUCUCCACUGUUCUAGAGUCCGGUGGUGGCAUGCCUUACACCACUGCAUUGCACUUCGCAUAUAUGUGAACCCAGGCGUAAGGCUUGGAUGCAGCUGCUUAGCCUUGGAAACCAUCUCUACACACUGUUGUUGUGCUAAUCUGAAGGCCACAUGAAGUUUGGAGGUUUUUAGCUAUUGACUCUGCAGACAGUUGGUGACUUCUGUGCACUGUGGGCUUCAGCAUGCGCUGACCCCAUUCUGUCAUUUUACGUGGCCUACCACUUUGUGGCUGAGUUGCUGUUGUUCCCAGUUGCUUCCACUUUGUUAUAAUACCACUAACAGUUGACCGUGGAAUAUUUAGUAGCCAGGAAAUGUCACAGAUGGACUUAUU